AUGGCAGGGACCUUGGCGAGAAUUACUGCCAAUAUUGGCGACCCUGGCGAGCGACGUAGGAGGAUGUAUGUCACAAUAGUUAUGUCCGUGAUACUGUAUGGGGCCCCAAUCUGGACACAAACAGUUGCGAGAAAUCGGGAAACAUUAGGUAGCGUGCGCAAGUUACAGCGGCAGCUUGCCCUAAGAGUAAUUAGGGGCUACCGAACUGUAUCGCAUGAGGCGGCGGCGAUCUUGUCGGGAAUGAUCCCGUUCGACUUGGCGGCGGACCGCAUUAGACGGGCGUACCUUCGCAGGCGGGAUAUCAUUGCCCGGGAUGGCGUGAUUACCCCGCAGGUGGGGGGGAGAUGCUACUCGAGGCUGAGCGGCGUCGCUCGAUCUCACGGUGGCAGAGGCGACUCAGCGAGCUACCUCCGAGCGGACCGGGCGCGAUCGUGCGAGGCGCUAUUGGAGGGGAAUUGGAGGCGUGGACUGGGAGGGCGCAUGGUGCCCUCACAUACCGCGUAA